UGGUAGCUUGAACCAACUCGACUUCCUCCUUACCCUUUGCUAGGAGUCUCUGUAUCUGUGCCUCACCAAUUUGGCGUCGUUUAUUCCGUUUCCUCCACCGUGUGGCCCUUUUCCCCACGCCAUGACUCAUCCGACUCGGUUAUUCCACCCUCAUCCACUCGGCUCAUCGACACAUCACCACACGUUGCCGCCAAGCUAAACAUUGCCAACCACUUUGAGGGCAAGAAACAGCAUCACGCCCCCGUAAUAGGUCUAUGCUCGCUCAUGGAACUGGAUCAGGAUGGGGGCCGCACAACCUUGCCUUUGUCUGAGGAGGGUGCCGAGUCCCAAGAUCUGACCAGGACAGCCCACGAUCUCAUAAAGCGGACCGCGACGCUAUGCGAGGAGCUGGAACAUUUGCGCCAUGCCGUCGAGGCGCAAGCAACGAAAGUGAAUAACCACUGGCACGCCUACAUCCCCGGGUUCAGCACCUUCUGGCAAGCCAACAUGAACCAACAUCACCGCGCCAAGUCUCUGCUACAGCGAUGUCAGGAGUCUACCGAGCCUGGCUCCGAAGCCGAGGGAUCCUUGUCUCGAGACUUUAGGCUGUUGGAAGGAGAGCUUUCAUCCUAUGAGAAUCACUGGUUGGCGAUUAAGAAGUGCCGUUCAGUUACCUGGUUCCGUUUCGCCGUGCCCUACUCGAAGCAGGGCGUCCAGAACUCUGUCUUUGUCAGUGCCAUUGUCGAGAAUGGACACGAGUGGAUGCGAGUCCUCAGCGCGACCGAAAAGGCUCUUCUGGUUCAGAUGGCCGAGGCAGACUUUCCCUGGGACGCCCCCGAUGACGAGGAUGACGAUGUAGAACUAGCAGAGGUUCUCGACGAUGACGAAACACAGAUCGAGGUCCUGAAAUGUGCCAAGCAGCUUUUGGCGGCCGCCCGCAACAUCCAUGGCGGAUACAGGCAUCGGAUACGUAUUGUCCUUCCCAACAUCCGUCGUGGCAAAGUUCCCGCCAUAGACAGGUUCUUGAAGGGCAUUGCAAAUCUGGGUGACGAGGCAAUUUCUCUUGACCUGGAAUGCGCCGAUGAGACCCAAACCCCGCCUCCGCCCCUCGAGAUAGCCAUCUCAAAUCUCCUCAGUCUUGGGAACAAUACAGAUGCGCCACCAUUGACUCCUAUUCUUAAUAUCGACACGUCCAUCUUAGUUGCUUUGACCACGGACAUCUCUCACAAUCAUAGCUCACAGAGAAAGUGGCGCCCCAAGAUUCUGGAAGACGUAGCGGAUGAGGCGGAGCAUGGUCCCAGGCUCCCUAAAUCUCUGUACCCUGUCCUCCGUGGCCACACGCUCGUCUGUACACGUGAGGCUGCAGAGACGUGUCUUCGAAUGGUGUACGAUGCUUCUACGGAAUCGGAAGUCGCCAGAGUGGAAAUUCUCUUGGGGCAGGAGACCACCAGGGGGAAACAAGACGAUAAACUGGCCUUUCUCGAGCGAGUUCUGAGGCAAGACGGCUGGCCUUGGGAGGAAAAGGACGACGGGGUAACUGAGGGUCGACGCCGGCGCCUAGUCUCCGAGUUGCAGAAGUUCUCUUGCCACCAAGUACCAGAUGACUUGCAGCUGCCAAUCCGCAUCAUGGAGGACUUCCGCAGGAAGCAUGUGGAAGGGGAAGUUCACAAGGGGACGCUGCCCAAGGUAGUCCUUGCGGUAGAGCCAACCCUCAACGAAACAAACUGCUCCUCGUUCCUGUUCGGCUGGAAGACAGGCCAUACAACCAUCACUUGCAACCGUCACGCCGUGAGACGGUUGGGCAAUCUCGUUAAGAAGAUGCGGUGGUCUCGAGACGCUGAGACGGCUCCCAUCAUCGCCCUCGACUGGGCGAGGGGCCUAUCCAAGAUCCCGUUUCCUGGAGAGGUUUUGGUGGAUGCUCCGCUGAAGUCGGAUCUACGAUAAGAUGCUGCCGUACUCCGGCCUACCUCUGAAAGUCCGCGUAUACCCGUAUCCUCUCAUCAAAUGCAAAAUCCGCACGGGCCACGGGCUGCUGGAAAGGGGUAAGCGGGCUGGCAGAAACAGGGAUCUAGAUGUGGCAAAAGCAGGGGUUAGUCAUGUACGUCAGCAGCAAGUUAGGUAGCAAGGGCCAGCAAACAGACUUAUAUAAAGUUAUGGUUGGCAUUGGAUUUCCUCCUACCCACCCACCUAGCUCUAGAUCCCCUACGGCCUUAUUGAAC